CGCCGCCACCACCAUCGCCACCGACCAAGACACACGCGACACAUCCGGUAACACCCAUCGCAUCGCAGCUGGUUGGACUUAGACACCCCCGCCCACCCCCUAGUCGACGGCAGUGGCUGUAGCGAUAACAAAAAAAAUCGCCCCGACAAGAGAAUCAUUAAAAAUAAAAGCCACAACAGCAGCAGCAGCAGCGUUCAGUGCCAUCUUUGUCUCGUUGAAGGCGACGACGACGACUGCGCAUUUGGACGUGGCAGCAGGAGACGGCAUAACACCUUGAAGAAAAGCCUGUGAACCCGAUACACCUUUCCCAGGGACACCAACAACAGGAUUGGCACGAUGUCUAAAGGCGAUAAGUUAGAGCUGCUGCUGGAGGAGUAUGAACCCAACACAGAUACCCCACCGUUUCCCCAAGUCGCCCACCUCUCCUUGAGUCACCAUCGAAGCCCACCUGAGUUUCAGCCCCAACGAUCCGGAAUGUCUGCAACCUCAGCCGACGAGCAACGAGGCUCCCUCUUCAAGCAGGACUGCCCUCCCGGUGAAUUCCUGCCUUACGCCGGCCCUCGGGAGUUCGGCACCGUCGAGUCUGCUCCGCCGGGGACCUACGUGGUGGGGAUCUUGUACCCCAAGACCCCCUGCAAUAUAGGACUGCUGCCUCCCGGCGUCCCGCAGCCAGCCGGCAAACCCGAACGGCCACCCCAGGGCGAGGAGGGGGAGGACUUGCGGGGCUCUGGCCCCACCGCGCCUAUGGGGCCACCGGCGUACCCGUGGCCGAUCAUUCAAGAAGUUGUGCAAUGCGAAGACCCCCCUCCCGACUACGAAGCGGCUCCCGAGAUGUUGGCGGUGUCCUCGUGGGAGAAGGCCGUACGGAAGGCCUUCAUCAGGAAGGUCUUCCUGGUGCUCACGGCGCAAAUGCUGGUGACCCUGAUGGUGGUGGCCGUGUUCACCUUCGUGCAGCCGGUGAUGCACUUCGUGCAGCACCACCCCCUGCUCUACUACGCCUCCUUCGUGAUCUAUGUUGUCAGCGCCGUGGCGCUCAUCUGCUGUGGCGAUUUGAGGCGCACCUUCCCCUGCAACAUCAUCACUCUGGGCAUCAUCACCUUGGCGGUGUCUUACAUGGUGGGCACCAUCGCCAGUCGCUACACCACCAGGUCCGUGUUCACGGCUGCGGGCAUCACCCUGGCGGUCUGUUUCGUCAUCGUCCUCUUCUCCAUGCAGACAAAGUAUGACUUCACCUGCUGCAUCUGGCUGAUGCUGCCCUUGGGGACAUGCGUCUUCUUCGCCGCAAUGCUGGCCAUCGUCUACCGCAAUGAAAUCAUGUUCGUCGUCUGGGGCUCCUUGGGAGCCAUGGUCUUCUCCUUGUUUCUGGCGGUGGAUGUGCAACUGAUCAUUGGGAACAAGCAGUACAAACUGAGUCCGGAGGAGUACAUCUAUGCAGCACUCUGCUUGUACCUGGACGUGGUGAAGAUCUUCCUGUACAUUCUCAUGGCCAUCGGUGGCAGAAAGUGAUGGCGAUGACUGCCCAAGUAUGAUUAUGAUGAUCACGAUGAUGAUGUAGACGAUGAUGAUAAUGAUGAUGAUGCGAGUUUAAUUUCUCAUGGAAUAUUUUCCAGGCCCCUCCUUCCCACCACAAAAGCAGAGGAGGAGAGACAAGGAAAUAUAUUUUCUGGAGCUGAGCCACGGACAGUUCCAGCUGAAAUUAAGGCCCUGAUGAUGAUGGAUGUUGAUGACAGUCCUGUAGUGUGGUUAAUUAGUGUCUCGUUAGUUUAAACUUGUCAACAUUCACUGCAUACUGUAUGCUUAUUUUUUAUUAAUGUUUCGUGCUUGUGAAUAAUUCAUUUGUCAAUGCUGACUAAAGGAAAAUUACAAUCUGGCGUUGCGACGCAGCACUCCAUAAACAUUUGCCUCAACAACGCAGUGUCAAAAUAAGAUUAACAAUCAGUCAUUUGCAGAUCUUUCUCAGUCCACCGCUAGAUCAACUACUCUCCCCACCGUGUCGGGUCACGGGGGUUGUUUGACCAUACUUCACUACGCUGGUCAGUGCGUUUAUUAGCGAGGGAGCCGGGGCCAGUUCGGAUUUCACUCGCCACCGACAUUGGCCACUGCGGCUGGGAAUUGAACUCAGGCAGCCAGACUCACAGAGAUGGGACACGAUGGAGUUCAAAGUGCAGUGCACUAACCACUGCUACCGCUUCCCCCACAACGAGGUCAUUGUGGUGUAGGCAAUUGGCGCGAAUCGUAUUCCCUCGUUAUUCACGAACUUGCUAUCCGCAACUGUGGUUAUCCGCGAAUCGCGUUUGGAACUCUACACGACUACAUCGAGAGAGAGAGAAAGUGAUGAGAGAGAGACAGAGAACUUCUCAGACGGUAAUUCAUGUUUGAAAAAACUAUAGGUUAUCGUCGGCCAAUAUUAACCACUAAAUUUUAUAUUCAUGACCACCUCCAGAAUGUAUCCGUCGCAAAUAACGAGGGAAUACUGUACGUCCCGAGUGCACGACCAGCACAGAGAUGGAACAGUGGCACCGGCUCCUGCACAGAAUGCAGACGAGUGGCAUUCCAGGGCCUCGAGGGACAGCGACAGUAUGGGAGAGGCCUUCAUCCAGCAGUGGAUGGAUUGUGGACAACGACAAUGAUGAUUAUAGUGGCAAGUGUAUUCAAACAUAGAAAACAUUUGGACACUGGGUCAAGAGUAGCCUAAGGGAUCGAACAAGUUCCAUGGUGGAUUUUCAAUUCCGGGUCCAUUACUGUAAUAAAGGUUUACAUUUGAAGCACUGACGCAGGAAUACAGGUAAAAAUAUAUUUGCGGAAACACAUACACCAUCUCUACCCGUGUAUCCAAACCAUGUCACGGCACCAGUUGGUUUUCCACUGUCUCUUUUUGCCGAACCGCGCCGGUACCAUUCCACGAUACGCUGAUGGCUUCACCAAACAUCCAAAUCUGUUUCAGGACCAAAGCUGGCCACAGGCGGCGGGGAUGCCGUAUGCACGUAUGUGGAACGUCUUUGGCGCACCGUACGUAAUCCAACCGUGUUAAUCGGAGGCACGGGAUGACUCGUUUCGUCGCGCGCGACGUUAGCCCACGUACGCUGCGAGGGCACGCGGCGUCUCGGUGCCAUCUAUGAACGUCGGCUGGCACGGGUCGCCUGCAGUGGAAAAACGACCUGGGGCCUCCUGAGCCCACGCAGUGCUGAUGUGGCAGCACAGCCUCGAUGCAAGCUCGGUUGUGCAGUGGAAAAGAUGACAGCCUUCGUAAGCCAGGCCCAGUCUGCUUCAACCCCCCCCCCCCCUCCCCAAAGGCUUGGACGACGAGAAACGUAUUUUCACGUAAACCGCGUUUGUUCAUAAUUAGUUGGUAUUGAUGGUAAAAAGAGAUUAAACGCCUUUUAUACAAUGCUUUAAUUCCCAUCUUUCCGUUAUUUUUGGGACUGGAUUUGAGGUAAGUGGAAUAUUCUUUAAUCACCUCACUAUUUUUGUUAUUUUUGGUGGGGGUUUCUUUGUCUAUUAAAAGCUUUCCAAAAUUGCAAA